GACAUGUCAAGUGCAUCUCCUCUGACUCCCCUAUUGCCAUACAUAACAUGCUUCAUAAUCUUGCUGGUCCUUGUAGAACAGAUCAAGUACAUAAGCAAGAAGAGGUCUAUCCCAGGGCCAAGCGUGGUCCUGCCCUUCAUAGGAAACGCAAUCGCAUUGGUCAGAAACCCAACUAAGUUCUGGGACCAACAAUCCAGCCUCGCCAAGUCCACCACCGCAGGACUCUCUGUGAACUACAUCAUCGGCAACUUCAUAGUCUUCAUAAGAGACACAGAGCUCUCCCACAAGGUCUUCGCCAAUGUUAGGCCCGACGCAUUCAGGCUCGUGGGCCACCCAUUCGGUAAAAAGCUAUUCGGUGAGCACAACCUCAUCUACAUGAUGGGCCAAGACCAUAAGAAUCUCCGUCGUCGAAUCGCACCCAACUUCACUCCAAGGGCUCUUUCCACAUACACCGCGCUGCAGCAGAUCACAAUCCUCAACCAUCUUAAGUCCUGGGUUCAGCUCUCACACAAAGCCCAAGCCCCCAUUCCGCUCCGCGUUUUAGCCCGGGAUAUGAACUUAGAGACCUCUCAGACGGUCUUCGUUGGCCCCUACUUGACCCCCAAGGCCCGCCAGAGCUUCGAGAGGGAUUACUAUCUUUUCAACGUCGGUCUCAUGAAGCUCCCCGUCGACCUCCCCGGCAUGGCGUUCCGAAAUGCCAGGCUCGCCGUCGAUCGUCUUGCCGGAACCCUAGCUACCUGCACGGCUAUGAGCAAGAAGAGGAUGGAGAACGGAGAGGAACCUUCGUGCUUAAUCGAUUACUGGAUGCAGGACACACUACGCGAAAUCGCAGAGGCGCAGCUCGCCGGAGAUACUUCACCUCCACCAUAUUCCUCUGACGCCGAGAUUGGCGGAUACCUCUUCGACUUCCUCUUUGCGGCUCAGGACGCGUCCACGUCGUCGCUUCUGUGGGCGGUGACGCUGCUGGACUCUCAUCCUGAUGUGUUGGCCAGGGUGAGGGACGAGGUCGCCGGAAUCUGGUCGCCUGAGUCCGACGAACUAAUAACGACGGACCAGUUGAGGGAGAUGAGGUACACUCAAGCGGUGGCUCGUGAGGUGGUGAGAUUCCGUCCGCCGGCGACUCUGGUGCCGCACAUCGCGGCGGUGGAUUUCCCGUUGACUGAAAACUACGUGGUUCCGAAGGGCGCGAUCGUUUUCCCGUCGGUUUACGAGUCAUCGUUUCAGGGAUUCCCUGAACCGGACCGAUUCGACCCGGACCGGUUCUCGGAGGAGAGACAAGAGGACCAGAUUUAUAAAAGAAACUUUCUGGCGUUUGGUGCCGGGGCCCAUCAGUGCGUGGGCCAGAGGUAUGCCUUGAAUCAUUUGGUUCUGUUCAUAGCGAUGUUCGCCUCGUUGAUCGAUUUCAAGAGAGACAGAACGGACGGCUGCGAUGAUAUUGCAUACGUCCCCACCAUCUGCCCCAAAGACGAUUGCAGGGUGUUCCUGUCUAGGCGUUGCGUACGUUAUCCUUCUUUCCCUGGACACUGAAUUACCCGUAGUGCCCUUCUUCGCCCUUUGCAUUGUUUGUUAAUUGUGUCGGCCUUUUCUUGGAUUACGGGUCACUGCCUUUUCUUUUUUUCAAAAUUUUCAUUUUAUUCAUUUUUCAUUUAUUAGU